GGGAGCUCAUCGAAGGCAGCUCUCCUCGCAUGGUACUAGUUCACGGUUAGUAGCUAGUGCUAGCGCUCUCCUCUGUGUGUGUGUCUCUCUCUCUCCGCUACCUCUUCUUGCUCAGCACACUGCUAAUAAGAAAUUAAAAUAUAUCCGUACAAAGGAGACAGGAGCAUCGAUUUCGUCUUGUGCUUUCCGAUUAUAUAUACACACUGUACCUAGCCGCCAAGCAAUGGAGUAGAGAUGGGCAAGAAAAAUACCUCUGGAGCUUCUUCGGUCUGCUGAUCUUUCCUAUUAGAGAUUCGUCAUGGCGUCUAACAUUAUCAAGGAAGGAGGAGGAUUAGAAGAAGAUGGAAAAGAAGAAGAAGAAAAAGAACAAGAAGAUGAAAUGAAAGUGAGGAUUUCGGCAAUCGACAUCAAGACAGCGGUACAACAAAUAUCUCCUUACUUACUGGACACAAGCAUCUCUGCACCUUGGGUCAUCUACUUCGACGGAUGGUAUGGACUAGGUGCUUCUGCGGUGCUUAGAGCCAUAGCAGAGCACCCACCACCAUCUUUGCGGGAGAAAUUCGACAAGAUCGUCCAUAUCGACUGCUCGAGGUGGAAGAGCCAAAGAGAAUUGCAAAGGGUGAUUGUGGACGAGCUCAAGCUCACUCAACGGGUAGCGGCCAGUUUUGAUAGGGAAGAUAACGAAGAUGAUUUCAUCGGGGUAGACCAAAGCUCAAGAGGAGAGAUUAGAGAUGUCACUGCAGUGAUAGCUCGAUACCUAGUACAGUACAGUUGCUUAGUUAUCUUUCACAAUGGAAGUGAGAACAUGGUUGACUUGGCUAGUUGUGGCAUUCCAGAACCUGAAAUCUUCAAUAUUAAGGUGUUGUGGACCUUCAGAGGACGACUUCGGCUCAACAGAGAAAUUAAGGAAAAGGGAUUAGAGUCAGACCUUUUUCUUUUUGCUGCUGAUGAUCAUAACAGUAACUGGCAUGCAUACAUUGCAGAAGAGGCUAGCGAAAUCACCUUGUACACACAUAAGCUUGGCCUUAGUGUUACACCUAAAAUAGCCGAAGAGUGUUGCUUGUACCUCUUGACUUUGAAUGAUCGAGGUAAGAAGAUUAUUGAUUACAACUGGGCAACCCAUGCUUCCAGCUACUGGGUUUGCGAUGGGAUCAUAGGAGGAGGACUGGAAAACCAGACAUGGGAUGUUGCUCAUGCUAUGCAACAACAUAUAAGACUGGAAGAUUACUCCUCCAAUACAAAGCUUAUGUUGUCUGUGCAAAGAAUGCAGAUUUCCUCUAAACAAUGGAUUUCUAUUACCAAUUCAUAUUUCAAAGAGGUUGCUCCAAUGACAACAACCCUGUUCUUUGCACCUAACAAGUCGAGUCCACUAGUUGUACCAUUAACUAGUGACAAGUUUCAUAAAGCGGACAACCUCCGGGUGCUGAAGUUAUGCAGGUGUACCUUCAGCUUUUUGUCACCUCCGUUCCAUUGCUGCCACAACAUAAGAUUCCUUGGACUUGAUAGAUGCGAAGAUGAAGUUCAACUAGAGAAGGAGGAGAAAACAGGUGAACCAGCGGUGGAAAUUUUCCAGAGGCUAUGGGUGCUAGAUGUACGCCACACAAUUUGGCCAUUGUCUUUUCCACAGGAAACAAAAGAGCAAGUGGUGGCUAGAAACAUUAGAGAGGUUCAUAUAACCAAUGGGAGGAUUUGGCACAACAACCUUGCAUGGAAACGACUACCAAACCUUCACAAGCUCCGAGUAGUUAAGCCCACAAAACCAUGGGAGACGGCAACAAGAGAUGAAUUCAUGGAUAUGGUGAAUCUAGAGCUCCUUGACCUAUCUGGGAACAACACCAUACAAGUCUUGCCGAGCCUUUCGGGUGCAACUGGCCUCAAGACACUGAUUCUAGAUGGUUGUGUUGGGUUAGAGCAUGUUGGCCCUCAAGGACUCCCUCCAUUACUUGAAUCAUUCUCCUUGAAUGUUGGAGGGCGGGCAAAAGAAGAUCACAAGAAGAAGGCUGAAAUAUCCUACAUCAGCUUGGCUGGUUGUGCAAGAUUAUCAGACUUUAUACUUCAUGGGUCAUUCCCAAAUCUUGAGUAUCUAGACCUCUCUCACACAGCAAUCAAAAUGCUUCACCUUGGAGAGGUGGACGAAGUGGAAAAUCUUCAGCAAGUCUUCUUGAUGGGAUGUGGCCAGCUCCGCUCAAUUUCUUGGCCCGAACCAGGAAUGUACAAACUAAGGUUGUUGUGCAUUGACACUCGAGCAGCAGGAGGAGAGGUAGCCAACAGAAAACCAUGGUCGCAUGAUUCUUUAAAGGUCUACCAGCAGGCCGAAGGAGAAGAGGAUUUGCAUGCAUAUGUUGCCGCUGCAGACAUGAGGUUCCUUCAUUCCUUGGAGUUUAUUCUAUUUAUGCAGGAAGAAACCAUUCAAUGGGACAAGUUGAAUCUCUGCUUGUCAUCUACUAGCAAUGAUGACGGAAGUAGAAGCUGCCAGAAGGACCGUAGACAGUUAGUUGCUGCUCCGUCCCUGCCAAAGUCAUUAACCUACCAUGAUGUCAGCCUUGAACAAAUAACAGAAAAGAUCAAUGUCAGCAGCAGCAUCUCAACUCAAUUUACGCCACUAGACCUGCACAUGGAGAUUGGUGAGGGAAUUAGUGACGCCACUGGCCAGGCAGGGGAAGCAAUAUGCAAGGUGAUGAAUGAGGUCCAGUCGUUGCACGUUCAUGACAGUUCUUCUAUCACUAGUGUUGCACCUGAACACACUUUUGACACAGAAAUAAUGAAUGGGCUCCAGCGCUGCUGCGUGGAGAGAUGCCCUAAGCUGGACACUGUCUUUGCCACUAACUAUCAUUCUGAAUGUUUCUCUCACUUGGAAAUCUUUGGGGCAGCUCAUCUCUUGAUGGUCCGUUCUAUCUGGAGCAGACCAAGAUAUCCAAGCAGUUUGAAUCCAAAUGAAUUUUCAUUUGCACAACUGCGAGCUAUUCAUCUGUAUUACUGCCCAAGCCUCCGAUAUGUCCUCCCGAUGGCAUCAAACAAUGCCUUAUCCAAGGUGUUGGAGACCCUCCACAUACACUGUUGCAGUGAUCUCAGGCAGGUCUUCCAAGUGGAGAAAGAGUUCCUAGAGAAAAUAGCAGCCAGGCAUGAAAAAGGCAAGCUGGAAUUCUCAAACCUCAAGAGCCUGUACCUGUAUGAGCUCCCAAAUCUGCAACAUAUAUGUGAGGCCAAGUUGUUUGCUCCCAAGCUCGAGACCAUCUAUAUCAGAGGAUGCUGGAGCCUGAGGCGUCUCCCAGCCACCGACAGUCGCCGCCGUGAAGAUGGCCACCCUACAUCUGUUGACUGUGAGAAGGAAUGCUGGGACAAGCUGGAGUGGGAAGGCAUGGAGUUUGGCCACCACCCCUCCCUCUUUCAGCGAUGCCAUUCCAGGUACUAUAGGAGGCGUCACCUGAGGGGCACGGUUCUCCGGUGAGCAAGCCAAAGUGAUCACCUACAUACAUGCUUCUGGCUCCUUAUCCUGAUAAUAUGGAGCGUUGGAACGACGGGACAAUGAUGAUGGCUUACCAAGUCUUCGGUGUGUUUUCUCAGGAAUGAAUAAAUAAUUUCGUUUCUGUUCCUAGCUACAUACCAACUUGCAUCAACCAAACUAGUCAUAUCGCGGUCUUAUGUAUUCUUGAUGACACUAUGUGUGAAUUCGUGUAUCCUUUGGUUUGGUUUGUUUGCCUGGUUAUAUGUGUGAGGGUGUGCACUUGAAAACUGGAAUAAGGGGGCUGGGUUUGAUGCCUCCAAAGAACUAAAGCCCAUGGUGUGCGCGAGUGUUGUUUUCAAUUUCAUUCAGUAUGACAAAAUGUACGCUUGUUUGUGAUCCAUGUAGCAGCAUGCUAAUGCUGCCAGCAA